UCUAUCUCAUAUAUAUGAGGGAUUCAAUCCUAGCUAAUAUCAAACAUGAAGGUUGACUGAAGAGACAACCCCAAAUCUUGGUUUGGCCAGAGGUAGGAUAAAGACAGUGUCUUGUUGUUGAGGACUUAAAGAUGAUGACAUGACUUUUAUGUGCAAUCAGAGAGGAUGACAAGCAACAGGAUAUGCCAGAGGGACGAAUACUCCGCCAUUGAGAUUUACUUGAAACAGGCUGAGGAGGAGCUUGGGAAAGCGCUAAAUAAGUUGUCGCCAAACAGCCACACGAGCAGUGAUAAAGUGAUAUUGUUGGAGGAAUUACCUUUGAAAAGUGACGAGAAUCAUAACAACACACAACCACAAAAUGGCCAAACGGAGGACAGCGUUAUUGAUAAGAGCAAGCUGAUAGAAUAUCAAAAUGAGAUAUUGAAGGAUCCGCCAGACCCACCUCCAAAGAAAGUUCCACGAAAUGACAAGAUUGAAGUCUACUUUCCACCUCCACCUCCUCUCUCACCAAACUAUGUUCACAUAGGGAGGAGAUUUUCUUCACCAGUCAUACUAGCAGAGACUUCAUCAUCUUCGUCAUCAUCAUCAUCAUCACCAAAGGGCAGCAAGGGUCAGUUGGUUACCUCAGAAGAUGAGAACCGUAACAAGAGAUCUGUCUCUGAACCACCCAGGACUCCCACUGGGGGGCUUAAAUUGACCAACACUGACCAGAACCGGCCAUAUUUGACCACCAAUGUGCAAUAUGAAAACUUGACCAGCAGUGGACAACAAGAGAAAAAACAACAUAGCCAUGACAGCCAGGUUGAAGGGAAUACCAUUGACCGCAACCUGAACUCUGAACACCAUGAGAAAGUGUUACAGAAAGGGACACUAGCAUCCUUAUUAGAGAGACCACAGUGCAAUAUUAUUGAGAAAAACAUUAACAGACCCAAGAGGCCAACAAGUCUGGACAUUGUCAGCCAUGCUGAAAAAUUAAAGCCAUCACAGGAACUAGAAGAACCAGAUGAAAAAGGAUGCUGUGGAAAUGACAAAAGCCAAAAUGGGUUUGUUACCAAGGUCAGUGCUGUAAAAUCUGAGUCAAACACUAGUCAGAAAUGCCCACCCACAGGGAGAGUUCAGCUUGUUGCAUCCAAUGAAACUGUUGUCAUGACAACCAGGAAGGUUUCCAGGGCAACUCAAACAGAGGAGGAUUCUAGAAGGGAGGUGUGGUCAAUGUUUCCAAGGACACCACUGGAAGCAGUGGUGGAAGUAGAUGAUGAUUUGAUGGUAGAUGAAAGUGACCUCGGGAAUUUUCAGAAUGAGCGCGAUUCCUCAACACAGACGAUACGAUCCGAUUCCCAAAAACAGCCAUCUUCCAAUUUGGCCCCGUCUUGCCGUCAGCAGGUGGUGGUAGUGGAUGUUCAUGUUAAUGGUGAAUUUGUGAAUGGAGAAGAUGAGCUUACUCCCAGAAAUACUCCAAGAAACUCGGAAGAGAGAACCCCGACAAAUUCUCUCGAAAGAAAGAAUGCUCAUAAUAAUCAAAGGAACGUACAUUUUAAUACUCCCAGCAUGACAAAGUUUAACACAAUUGCCAAUGGCUCUGUCAAACAGAGUGUCAGGUUUGCAGACAAUUCUGGUAAAAGUCCUGCAGCUAUUCAAGCGGAAUCAAGACUAGAAUUUUGCAAUGGCCGAGGGCAGUUGGACAAUGCUCAGAAAAGCCUCGUUGGUAAUAGCAAUUAUAUAAAAGUGCAAAUUUCAUCAAAAAGGAGCUCAAUACAUUCUACUGCUGAUAUCAAAACGGCUGACAAAAUGGACAGCAAUGUGCAAUACAAAAAACGCUUUAGCGAUGGUAGCGGCGGCCAGUGUAAUGAUAUAAGUUUAGAGUCAAAUAUUCAUGAUGGGUCAAGUUAUAGCAACAGUUCCAGCACAUCCACACUCCAGGGGAGUGUCACCUCAGUGGGAAACUCCUCCACGGGACUGUCACCAGAAACGGGGACACCACAGGAGCUGUUGACGCCUACGUCACUUCUGGACAGCAUGCAUAAGAAAUUUUACGCUCACCAGUAUAUGCAGAAGAGUCCAGCUCAGUCAGAAGCUGAUUUAUGCCAAACGGAGCAUGUGGAACCCAAGGCCUUAGUUCCCCAUUCGCUUAGAACUACUUUGCUUGCUAAUGGAGGGCAGGCAAGUGCCAGGCUACAUAGUCCUGAUAGACCCGCUCUGGGAAUCUCCGGGAAGGCUAAAAAGCACGUUCCUGGGCUCUCUACAGUGAUGGAGUCCCAUGGGCAAUGUGCCGUGAUAUUACCGACCAGUCAUAGCUUUAAUACGGACUCUGCGGCAGGAACUCCUGACGAGGAUGUAGGUAGGAUGGGAGGAAGCAGAGGUAGCGUGAAGAGCGAAGAGGAUGAGGUGAUUUGGAUUCGUCGUAUUCCCAGUGGAAACACCCCUUGCACGACACCAACUAGUGAUACAGAGUCGGUGAAUAGUUCUCAGCACAGUCUCACACACUGUGGUAGCAAACAGGGCAGUGCACAGCACAAGAAACUAGAGGCAAUGAAGAUGGAGAAAGAAGUGGUUCUGAGAAGCAAAACUCCACCAUUGAAGCGUGCAGACAACAAGAUGCAUCUACCUGCAGACAAGGCUCACACAUUGCCAGGGACAGGGGUACAGAAUAAAAAGAGUUUCCAACAGUAUAAGACAGAGAGAGAACAAGCAGCAAGAUGA